AUGGCGGCCCCAAGAAGAAAUUUCGCCAUAAUCUACGAAAUCAAAAAUGUGAAAAAACUGCCAAAGACAAAUUUUUCUGUCGGUCAGAAUUACUGGUUCUAUGGACUCAAAUGGAGAAUUUCACUUAUGAGAAAUGAACAAGAUGUGACUAUCAACCUAUUAUGUGACGAAGAAAAAACGCUCCAAUCACAUAUAGGCUGGAAUGUGGAUGUGUGCAUGGAAGUGGUUUUGGCAUCUAAAUAUCCGUGCAAAACUCUUCGUGCCACUACCCAACAUCAUCGAUUCACUGGUGGCGAUAGAAUUUACAAAUGUGAAAACAUAGCUAAAUGGUCUGACUUGAAUAAUGUUUUCAAAGGAUUUUUAGAGAGAGACACUCUCAGAAUUGAGCUCAACGUUCAGAUCACACACAUGGGCGGUUUACGGAGAAUUAUGAAAAAUUUUGAUGAAUCAAAUAGAGAGUUUUCUGAUGUUGAAUUGCUGGCGGACGGUCAAAGAUUCUUUGUGAGCAAAUUGCACAUGGCUUCCCAUUCCACAUUUCUCAACAGUAUGUUCAAUAUUCCUAUGAAUGAAGCAGGUGGAAACGUUUUCGAUUGUGGACCCAUCCAUGCGGACGUCUUCCAAGAUCUUCUAGAACUUCUAUACGGAGAAGAUACCAUUUCAAUGUUUAACUUGGAGGCCCUUUUGGAUCUAGCCGAUUACUUGGGAACGGAAACAGCAACCAGAAGACUCUUCGCAUUUAUUGAAAAGAACAAACACAACAUUAAUCAGAAAUACUAUACUCAUUUGGCUAAUAAAUAUGAUUCAAAAGAGAUGCAGGAUCGAACUUUAACGCUUGUGUGCAGUGCCCAUACGCUCAAAGAAGCAUUACCAGCGUUGCUUAAAUGGAGGCAUCUGAAUGACAAAGUUGAGUUUGGAGUGAUCGGAAACUUUACCGAAAAUUGUCUUAUCAAACUUAGUGCAAGCUUUUCAUUCGGAGAUAAUGAAGAAGACAAGCUAGGCAAUCUUUCGAUUGCUCAUGACGAGGUUCAGGCGGGUCAACUCGGUUGCAAACAAACACAUUUAGUGGAAAAUGUCAUGCAAGCAGGAGACACUGGAGCCAGUGUUAAUAUUCAAAUAUCGCUGAAUAUUGCACAUAUCGAAAAAUUUAUAUCAAAAGAUUUUGGUGAGUCCAACGCAUCAUGCUCGGAUUUUGUAGUAGAGGCCAAAGGAGAGAAGUUUUACAUUUCGAAAAAGUAUCUAACUGGACAUUGCCCAGUACUCCAUGAGAAAUUUACUCGAGAGAACAUCACCAAAGAAUGGAUCACAAACGAAUUGGAUCCGUCACUAUUUCAAGAAUUUCUGGAAGUUUUGUAUUUGGUUCCAGAUGUCAUCAUGGACUACAACGUUAUUUAUCUGCUCCGACUAGCCAAGCUAUGGAAAGCACGAACAGUGACAAGACAAUGCGAGCUCUUUCUAAUGAAACAGAAAAACAUAAUUUUGUUGAAGAUGAAGUUUCAGUUGGCUAAUGAGUUUGAUCUCUUAGAUCUUGAGAAUUGGUGUGUGAGCCAAGUUUCGAAGGACUUAGCGUAUUGUAUGGUUCAGCGAAACUAUGGAUUCAGUGAACAAGCAGUUGCAGCUCUUCGGGAAAAACUUGAUGUGUCUUCGAGAACAACUCGGACACCAAUAUGUAAUAGAAAUUGA